AUGAACCCCUUUUUUCUAUUUACUUUCGAAAUUAGACAAGAGAUAGUUUCUAAAUAUGCGAAUAGUAUAGCUUAUUUAAUAAUAAAUUAUUUUAUCAUGCUUGUUAACCAUUAUCAUAAGUAAAUAAAGAAGAAUUUAAAUUAAUUAGUUAUACGAUUAUAGCAUAGACAAGAGGUUCGAAUAAUUCUAAUUUAUAAUCAUUACUCAAGCAAUUAGAUGUAAGCAAGAUUGUAUUUGAAAAUAAACAACUUACACUUAUAGUAUCAAUAAUCGAGUUUGCUUUAUCGUUGUUUAUUGUAAUGCUUGUGAUUCUUUUACUUUUUAAAAAAAAUAGCAAUUAGGCUUAAUAAAUUUAGUUUAGCAGUCUUGGAAAUGUAUUUAUUUAGUUUAUAUAGAUUUUUAUAAGAUCUAUAAGAAUAUUGUACUGGAUCCUGUGUUAUCCCUUAUUUUUAAUAUCUACAUAUAAUCUAAUGAUAGCUUAUGAUAUUAGUCAAUUUCUUUCCAUAUUUGUUGUAGUUUUUGUAGUAUCCUUUACUUUGUUCCACGAUAUAGCUUUGUUAAAUGAUAAUUUUAAUAAAUAAGACUUUCUGAACAUUGCUCAAUCUAGACCUUUUAUUUAUAAUAGUUGGACUAAAUUAGUUUAAUGUGCAUUUUCAAGUUAUUAUUAUUUAAACCAAAAUUCUCAUGUAUAAAUAAUAAAUAAUAAUUAUAGAUGAUUUAUUUACUUGUAAGUUUUGGAUUAUCUUUUAUAAAUUACAUUUAAUUAUAGUAUUUUAUGGUAAUUUUUGGAAAAUAUGAUAUAGAUUACAUCUUUCAUUUAUUUAAUGCAAUUUAUUUUGGAUAAAGCUUAGGAUUGUUAAUCUAAUAUUUAAUAAAUAUAAAUGAUCCUUACACAAUAAUAACUAUAUUGAUUAUUAUAAAUUGUGUUGCGAUUCAUGCUAGUUUUAAAAAGUGGUAUUUUGAGUAUCAAUUUACUAAUUCUAAAAAUGUUUUUAUCAGAGUGAUACUAUUAAAUUGGUUCAGAGAAUUAGAAUGCUCAAAUGUAUAUUAUAUGGGAAUAAUUACAAAACACUAUAAUCAUCCAAAUAAUAAAAAAUGUUUCUUGAGACAUAAUGCUAUUUAUUACAGUGGUAAAAAGUUUGCAAAAUACACUUAUAUAACUACUAAAAAACAAAAUAUUGAAAAAUACAAAGGGUUAUUUGUAAAAUUCUUAAUAAAAUGUUUACUAGAAACUUAAUUAAAACUAGAACCUAAUUCUACUGAAUUGAGAUUGUUAUAUUCAGAAAUUCUAUUUUACAGAUUUAAUUUGAUAAAUGAAUCAUUUAAAUAAUUAAAAAAAAUUAAACAGACUUUUAAUUAUAAUUAAUAAAUGAGAGUAAGAUAAUUAAAAUUAUCAAUACAUAAUAAAUUAAAGGAAAAUAAUAUGUUGAGUUAUCGUUCAAAAUUACCUUUUGAAAAUAUGUUAAAAUGCGAAGAAUAAAUGAAAGAGUUUUUCUAAGCUUUUCUAAAAAUAGCUGAAUUAUAGGUUUAUUUUUGGAAAAAUUAACUUUAAUAAUUUAUUUCAAUUCCAGAGCAAAUUAAUAUAAGUUAAUAGAUAUUAAGAGAAAUUUAGGUGUGUUAGAAAAAUUGGAAAAGUAUCCAUUUUACUAAUCCUAUUGAUGAAUAACAAAUAUUGAUAAGAUUCAGAUGGAAAUUCUUCUACUUUUUUUUUAAACUUUAUAUUCUUCAUAAAAAAUUAAAAGUGUAAGAAAUAAAAGAAUUACCUGAUUAAAAUCUAAAAUCUUAGUAAAUAUUUUCUGAUGAAAAAGUUGAUGAAAGAUCUUCAAGUGAAGAUGAAGGAUAAGCAAAAGCUUAUUAUUAAACAAAUUGUAUAAUAUGUUCAAAUAAUUUAUUUUUUCGAGUAGAUAAAUAUGGAGAGAUUAUAGCAGCUAGUUAAUCAACACUUAAAAUAUUAGGAAGACCUUAAAAUGAAUAUAGAGGAGCUAGAGUUGAAAUUUUAAUGCCAGAUAUCAUAAAAGAAAAUCAUAAUGAUUUCUUAAAAUAAUUCUAUAAAACUGGUUAAUCUGAAAAUUUAUUCAAACGAAGAUCAAUAUUAGUUAAACAUAGUAAAGGACAUUGUUUUAAAGCAUAAAAAUAUUUAAAAUAUGUUUUUAAUUUAGAAUAAGAUAGAUUUGAAUAUUUGAGUAUGUUGAGACCUGUUUCAAGUAGAUCUUAAUAUAUAGUGUUAAAUUCAAAAUGGGAAAUUGAUUCAUCUAGUGAAUACAUUUAUUCUAUGUUUGGUGAUUAUAAACUUCCUUUUUUAUCAUUAUGUCCAAAAGUUAUUUCAUAUACAGAAUUUGCAGAGUUUCUUACUAAUUUUGAUAUGAAAAUUUUGAGUUUAAAAUUAUGUUCAUUUGGAAGUAGAGAAAGAAUUUAGGAUAAAAAAUUUACUUUUAGAAGAUAAAAUGAUUAAACAUUUAGCAAUAAAUCAAUAAAUGAAUUAACAAGCUUAGUAUUUAAAAGAGAAUUGGAAGAAAAGUAAAAAUAGAAUGUUAUUUAACUAUUUUAAUAAGUGCUUGAAGAAGACAAUGAAAUAGAAAGGACUGCAAAAUUAACAAGAUUAAAUCAUGUUAAAUUAAACAUUAGAGUUCCAAUAUAUAAAGCAGAAUUUGAAGAAGAUUAUAAUCGAUAUGAUGCAUAAAUGAAAACUAUAUUUUAUGAUGGAGAAAGCAUAAAAAGGUUAAUUUUCAGGAAUGAAAAUGGAAAGUUAAGAGUAGAUAAAUUUGAAUUUCUUUAAAGAUAUAGAUGGGUUAAGCAAUAAAGAUUGAAGUUUAUAUAUUCUAAAAUUAGUAAGUAAUUAAAUUAAAAUAGAAAAUUUGUUUGAACAUUUUUGUUAAGAAAAAUUACUUGAAAAAGUAUUAAAAGUAGAUGCUAAUAUUAAGUUCUAUAAAACUCUAAAUAAAAUAUCAUUCUAUAUUAUAAAGAUUAAUCGUUUAGAACUUUAUGAUGAGAAUACAAAUAAUACUGAUAAAUAAGAGAUUGAAUUUGCUAAUACAAAUUCAUUUAAACCUUAUACAUCAGCAAUGGUCAGAGAAGUAGUAUUAGCUACUUAAUCUUAGAGUUAUACUAUGAAAAACUAAAGUGGUUAUCAAUAUUCUGGUACAUCUCUUUUACUAUAUAGAUAUGGAAUUGAUUUCCAAUAGAGAAUACACUUAAAAGCCCUUUUUAAUUGAUUACACAUUAAGAGAAGAUUUUCUAGUAUAAGGAUCUAAUACUAUUUAUAGUUUAAAUGAAUAAAACAAUCCUUUUAUUAAAGAAGAAAUUAAUAAAAUAUAAAAGAAGAGUUAAAAGUUAAUUUUACUAAUAAUCUUAAAUAGAUUUUCUUUUUUUUUAUAACUAUUGUUUAUAUCUUUUACUUACUUUUUUUGCUCUUUUUAUUACAAUCCUCUUACUUAACAUGAUUCAGUGAUUUUAUUGGGUCAUCUUUAUAAAGUUUAACUAAUAACAGUUUCAUCUUAUAAUUAUAUUAUUGAUGCUUUUUUAAUGAAUGAAAAUAAAUUGACAAAUCUAUUAAUAAUCAAUCCAACAACCAAAUUUAAUACAACAGAUUAAUUUUUUGAUUUAUUGAAUAAGGAAAUUAAUGAUUCCUACUCAUACAUUUAUAAUAUUUACACUAAUUAAGAUUUUGUAUCAAUGAUAUAUUCUGGAUUUUAUAGUGAUGAUGAGACUGUUAGUGGUUUAGAUAUUUUUGAUUAAUUUUAAGUAAAUCUAUUAUAAUUCAACCAAUCUGAUAAAUCAAAGAUAACUUAAAAUAAUUCUAUAUUAUCACAUUUUAGAGACUAUAUGAUACCUUUUUCUUAAAAAUUAAUGUCAGAUUCAGUCAGUUAAAGAAUUAAUAAUGCAAUCUAAAAUUAAAAUUAAUCCAUUGAUAAUCUUAUCCUUUUUAUGAUCCUUUAAUUUUCACUAAUGGUUAUUAAUUCAAUAUUUUCUUUGAUUAUUAAAUAUAAAUUUCGUCGUGAUGUUAAUACUAUUUUUUUAACAAUAGCAAAUAUACCUAAGGAAGAUAAAAUUAAAGCCAUGAAACAAUAUCAAAUUUUAUUUGCAUAAUUAAAUUCUCUAUUUGAUGAAGAAUGUAUUAUACUAUUAUUAUUUUAAGAAUAUGGAUAUAAAAAAUAAUCAUUGCAUAUUUUAAACGCUGAUACAGUAAUGUAAAUAUAAUAAUUAGAAAUAGAUAACAAGAUUUCGAGCUGAAUGAUGUUGAAAAAGCCAAUCAAAAAAGAGAUAAAGCUAAAAUUAAGAAGCUACCUAAAUAUUAACUUAAUGUAUAGUUUUAAUUAUUAAUUUAGACUGCAAUUGUCCUAAUAUUGUAUUUAGCAAUUAUACUUGUUCUAUUUAUACUAGUUUAUUAUUUUAUAAUGAUUAAUUAAAAUUAGACAAAGCAGUUCUUCUAAGACAAUAAUUUUGUACUUUAAUCAAAUUAUUUUUGGUUAAUCACAUUACUUAAAGAAGUAAACUAUUUUUAAAAUUAUAUAGAAAUUUAUUUAUGAAAAUUACUUAAAUUCAUCUUAUUACCCAAAUAUCACAUAGUUUAGGUUUGAGUAAUACCUUGACGACUUAAGUUUAGUUCAACCUCAAUUAUACUAAACAUCAAUAGAAGAAAUUUAAAAAGUUUUUGAUGACACAUUAUGUAAUUUCUCGUUUGGUAGAAUUAUAAUAGUAAAUUUAGAUGAAACCGAUACUUAUAUUUAUUACAAUUAAUUCUGCGAAGUAAUAUUAGAUGGAGCUCUAAAGAGAGGAUUGAAAUAAUUUAAUCUAUUAUUAUCUUAGGUUGUACUGAAAGCAUUAAACCCAGAAGAUGAAAGAUAUGAUGAUUUUACUUUAGAAGCUCUCAGUCAAUACCAAAUAUCAUUUUAGAUUAUUUAUAAAAUAUUUUUGAGUAUAUUUGAGAUUUGGGCUUCAAAUGCUGGGAAUUCAUUAAAUAGCACAUCAGAUUUAAGUCUAAUUUCUUAGUAAAUAUUAUAAAUAAUAAUUUAAGUAUAAUAUAACUUUUUGUAGUCAUAAUUUUAUACUUUAGUUUAUUGGAAUUUUUUUUAUUCACAAAAUUAUCUCAAGAUUUUUAAUUCAGUAAAAAAUACUAUAGAUAUUUUAUGUUAAAUCAAACCAUGAAUUAAGUGAAGACUAUGAGAGUAGAUUUGGUAAGAACUGGCUUAUUAUCCAAAUGA